AUGGGGUACAUUUUAGCUGCUCCCGUGUGCGUGCCGGUGGUGCCGCCGGCGCCCGUGGUGGUGCUGCAGCAGCAACCUGCUGUGUGCGUGCUGCAGCAGCAGCAGCAGCAAGUGCUGCAGCUGCGGCAGCAGCAGCCUGUUCAAAUCCUUGUAAAGCCCCCGCCCUCCUACACUCUCACAGUAGUCGAGCCGCCCCCACUUCUCAUAUCUUACCCGCAGCCCCCCGUGACUAUUCUCAUGUAG